AUGAUUGAAGAAGAGAGGGUAGUCAAGACACCAGUGACAAAGCAGCCACAGCCCGUGGUUACAAAGCCACCACCUCCCUUCCCUCAACGUCUGGCAAGACAGAAAGAAGAGGCGACUUACAAGAAGUUUCUUGAUUUGCUUAAGCAGGUACACGUGAAUGUCCCAUUGGUUGAUAUGCUGCAGGGUAUUCCAAAGUAUGCUAAGUACAUCAAAGAUAUUGUUGCAAACAAAAGCCGAUUCACAGAAUAUGCCACCGUUGCACUUACUGAGGAGUGCACUUCGCGGAUUCAAAACAGGUUGCCCACUAAGUUGAAAGAUCCCGGAAGUUUCACGAUUGAGAUUUCUAUUGGGAAGCAGGUUGUUGCUCGAGCACUGUGUGAUCUGGGUGCAAGUAUAAAUCUUAUGCCUUCAUCUAUCUUCAGAAAGCUAGGUUUGGGAGUGCUUAGGCCAACCACUAUAGUUCUUCAGCUGGCAGACAGAUCGUUAGCAAGACCAGAAGGCAUUAUUGAAGAUGUACUGGUGCAAAUAUCUGAUAUUCAGGGAAUUAGCCCCGCACUAUGCAUGCACAAGAUACUCAUGGAGGAUGAUCAUAAGCCGAGCGCACAACAUCAACGGAGACUGAAUCCAGUGAUGAAGGAGGUUGUCAAGAAAGAGGUAAUCAAGUGGUUAGAUUCAGGCAUUAUUUUUCUCCCAUUUCGGACAAAGAAAUGGGUGAGCCCGGUGCAAUGCGUCCCAAAGAAAGGAGGGAUGACAGUUGUGACAAAUGACAAGAACGAGCUCAUUCCUACUCGAACAAUCACUGGAUGGAGAAUUUGCAUGGAUUAUCGCAAGUUGAACGAGGCAACCAGAAAGGAUCACUACCCCAUUCCCUUCAUAGAUCAAAUGUUAGACAGGUUAGCGGGGCAAGAGUUUUAUUGUUUUCUAGAUGGCUAUUCUGGCUACAAUCAGAUAGCUAUUGCUCCGGAGGAUCAGGAGAAGACCACGUUUACAUGCCCAUAUGGUACAUAUGCUUUUAAACGCAUGCCAUUUGGGUUGUGUAAUGCACCAGCGACUUUCCAAAGGUGUAUGAUGGCUAUUUUCUCAGAGAUGGUUGAGGACUUUGUAGAAGUAUUCAUGGAUGAUUUUUCGGUAUUCGGGAACUCUUUUGAGGUUUGCUGA